GUAAGUACCAUGGAUGGAAAAAUUACUGCUAUAGAUGUUAAUAAUAAUGGAAAUAUUGUCUGGUCAAGUGAUUUAGAUGGAGUGCCGCUUCUUUCAGGCACAUUGCACUCUUAUCAGGUAUCAUCACAAAAACCGUCAUAUGUAGUCGUACCUUCUUUGGACGGAUCGUUAUAUGCAUUUGAUACAAGCGACAAUGCACUUAAUCCAAUUCCUGUAAGUGCUGGCAAAAGUGUUAUGGUGGGAAAUGAUGCUUUAGCUGGUGGUACAAUUUUGUCAUCUACUGGUAUUGAUCCAGCUACGGGACAGAUUCGUUAUCAUUGUUCUCCUGAUAACUGUGAGCAGAAGAAUGCGCUUUCUGGUUCUCUUUAUACAUUACUUGUCCAGCGAAGUACACAAAUAAUUAGAGCAGCUGAUCCAUUUUCUGGAUUGGAAAGAUGGAAUACAUCAGUUGGUGAUUAUACAAUAUCAUUAGCCUCAAAUAAUGCGUUUGAUCAUCAUUCGAAAGAACAGAAGUCUUCAAAUAUUCGAUUUCUUUUACGUCCUCCUGAUGGUGUUAUUACAGCUUUGGAUAGUUGCGGUUAUCCUUUUUGGAGACACGAUUUUAAAAACCCUAUAGCCAAGACUUGGCAACUUCUAUAUGGGAAAAUCUCUGAAGUAUUUUUCUUCCAACUUCUAUUUUCUAUUUUGUUUUUAUUUUUGAAUAUUUUUCGCAAUUUUAUAAUUUUUAUAAUCAUUCUGUUUUCAGGUACAGUUAAUUCAGAACCUUAUCUUAUUUUUUCUGAUAAAAUGCGCGGUGAAUUAAGGAGAAAUGAAGAAUCGUCUUAUAAACAAAUAGCCUCAAAUUCAGCAAAACACUCGUUAUAUCUGCCAGAUUUUUCAGUUAGUGAGUUUUAA